AUGAAGACUUGUAUUUUAUUUUUUUUUUUAUGCAAAAACAUAUUAGCUUUUAUAUUAAAAAAGGAUGUAUCAAGAAAUUGUAUAAUAAAUAAAAUUAAUUUUAAAAAUACUCUAAACAAAAGAAAUAGCUUAUUAUUAGUCCACAAAAACUCAAACUUCCGGAAAUUAGGGAGACCGAGAGCCCAAAGGAGAGCCCUGCUUAGAGCCUUAACAACUAGUCUUCUAAGGCACGGAAAAAUUGUAACAACAGAAGCAAAAGCAAAGGAGGCUAGAAAAAAAGUGGAAAGGAUAAUAACAUAUGCAAAAAAGCACGACAACAAUCGACAGUAUGCAUAUAGGUUAAUAGCUAACUAUGUGUUUGAUAGAGAAUUAGCCCUAAAUGUAGUUAGGCAGGCCCCUAUAAAAUACAAGGAAAGAAAUGGUGGAUACACAAAAAUAAAACUUUUACCCAGAAGUAGAAAAGGAGAUGCAGCAAGGAUGGCUACGUUGGAACUUUUGUAG